GCUAUGCUGGAAGCAUUUCGGCGGCUUGAAGAGUCUACCUGAAAGGCGUUGAACAUUUUCGUGGUCUGUGAGGGAGGGAACGAGGCCACACCAUGGGGUCACCAGAGGUCACGGACACGGAUAUACCUGGGGACGAGGUUCCGAGGCACAUCAGAUCUGUGGAUGAUUUGAUGUGUCACGUGAAUGACGUAUGGCACAGCUGCAGUCGCCUGGCCAAUCAGAAUGUCGAGCUCCGCUUGGAACUAGCUGAAGUGACCUGGGAACGAGACCGUCGAAAAGGGAAAAUGGCGACGUUACACACUGAUGAGUUUCCAGGAAAGAUCGUCCUCUGGCGGAAGAUGAUGAAACUGCAGGCUGAGCUGGACGAGUCCAGGUCAAGAUGUGGGGACCUGGAGAGGCGGAAACUUUUUCUGGAACUCAACAUUGAUGAUCUGGAGAGAAUGGUGGCCAAACUACAGUUCGAUCUUCAGGCGUCCGAAAUCCGCUUGUCGGAAACAUUGGAGGAGGCACGUGCCAUGGCGCAUGCGCUAAAUCUGGAGAUGCAAGCAAGAAAAAGGGCAGAGGUCAUGAUGGAACAACUCAAGAAGAACAGAUCGGAAAGUUCUGGUCAGUGUCACUGCCAGAAGGCCGGUUUCAAGUUCAAUGACCGCAAGGCCGUUGCACCCAGCUUGUACAUCUCCCAGGUGUCCUUGACCCUGACCGACCUCUCGGACGCAUGCGUACAAACGGACAACUAUCAGCGUCACCAGACUUCAAUCCUGACACAAACAGAUUUUGAUUACGAGAGUGCAACAAGGGAUCAAUUCGACGCAUGCGUGCAAGUUUCAAACGAUGUUGAAACUGUCGACGCAUGCGUACAGACGUUUGUUGGAUUGACUACUUUGGACCACCCAACUCGUCAUUGUGACAUCAUUAGCUUACAUCACCAAAAGGACAGUCAGACCCAAACAGACUUCCGGGAUAGUCAAGGUCACGGGGAACCCAGUGGCACCGUAUGCGCAUGUACGCAAACGUUUUACGACUGUAGUGACGUCUCCACACAAACAGACUGUCCAUCACGACAACCCGUCUCAACGGUUGGUGCAUAUGUUGCAAGUCUAGUAGCAAAUGCAGUGGCGGAAGUAGGAGCAGAAGCACAUCCCUGUAACAACUUGGAUGCCUCAGGUCAACAUCUCGACAACGGAGUAUGUGAUAGAUUGCCACAGGAUGUAGAUGAAGGUCAUGAAAAACAAAUAAACAGCCAAGAUGAGAAGCAGCAAACUGUCUUGACUCUGCCCGUAAGGCAACAGGACCAGAUCCUUGAGAAGAUUUAUUAUAAGCAAGAUCUACAGGAACUUUCACCAGGUCAAGACAUCGUACAAGAUAAGGAACAAGAUAAGACGCCUUGUUGUAGCGACGUCGACGCAGAGCCUGACACAGUUUUCUCAACGCCUGAGAAGACUCUUGAGAACCAUGAAAAUGGACUCUUAAAGGUAAGGCACCAUUCUGUAGGUCAAGACAAGUUAGUUCAUGAUGAUACAGAAGCGGGGGUACCACCUCUCAAGAUUCAACUAGCUUCUACUACACUUGAUGACGGGAUGAACAAUGUUCUGACACCUAACGUCUCUGACGUUACUCUUCAGACAAGGGAUGUUUCUGAUAUGCCCGUUUCACUAAUAGACAAUAGCACUGAGGUCACUUUAGACUGUGGCAACUCGGUUGCUACUCCUGAGAACGUACCAGAUCACGUAACCACGCUUGGUGCAGAAAGGUCAGAAGCACUGCAAGAAAAGGACUCAGAACUUGGGAAGGAAACUUCUUCUACUGAGAACCAAGGGAAUAUGUCAUACCUGUACGAUCCAGUUCUUGAUAUCUACUACAAAUCACCUGAAGGCGAUCAGCAAGGCGAGAAUGAUGUCGUUUCGGAUGUUGACCAUGGAAAUGACCAACCCAAGGCGUCAACGUCUACUUCAGAGGCCUGUAGCCUAGGAUCCCGACCGUCAGACAAUAACAGUCUCGCUCCCAGCCUUUUAGGCUGCAGUACAGAGAGCCAAGGCUUUAGGCCUCCUGACUCAAGUAGUCUCGUCUCCAAGCUUCCAGACUCGAACUCUUUAAGAGUCGGUUUCAGUCCCCCAAACUCAAGGCCUCUGGACUCCAAAACAAAUAGUCUAGACCCCAGGCCUGGCGAGGGCACGCUCAGUAGCCUCGGCUGCCGGACAUCCCUGCAGGAGCGGUUAGGGCUGAUGAAUAAGAUGAGGAUGACCAACAGUUUCGCCAUUCAGGAGGAGGAGGAGGAGGAGGAAGGAUGUGAAGAAGACAUGGAGUUGUUCCCUGAGAGGGGUCCGCUGCCCGUGCUGCGGGAGGAGUCGGUGGAGAUGACGUCAGACGCAGAGGAGAACCAUUUCAUUCCCGUCGUGCACGAGCCUUCCAGUGAGAAGAGCCCAGCCAGUUCGGAGGAUGAGGGGGAGCCGCUGGACCUCCCUCGGAGAGGAAGCCUCCUGGCACCAGGGGACAACACACAGGCGUUACGCUCCAAAUCCGCCGAGUUCAUCGGGGAAGUGAGGCGAGGGUCUAGCGGGUUCCUGGCGAGACCUAAGGUCCACCGGCGGUCAGACCCCAUCAAGAAGGCGUCGCUCCAGGAGCUGCGCAAAAUCUCCUUCUGUAGGGGCGGCAGGCCCAUCCUGUCGUUUAGUGAGGAGGGGGUUGUGGACCUGUUGUACGGCUCGCUGGACGAAGUGGAGCUGACGGAAGAGGACCGGAAACGGAACUUGGAGCUCCUGGAGGAAUGCCGGAUUGCGUCGGAGAGGUUCAAGAAGCGACCCAGACCUUACAAGUUCAAAAAGGCGGGGAAAACGGAACGAGAGCGGUCCGAGUCCCCAACACGACAGGAGACGGCGGAGGAGAGCGGCCAUCUUGCCGACAAGGAGAGUAGCCUGGACACCCCUCCGGAGGAGGAGGAGGAGAAGGAGGGGCAGAGGCUGAAGAAGAGGUCAUCCACAAGGUCACUGCGAUCCAAUUCCACAGAUUCAGACAUAGACGUGAAGGCGGACAUCCUCCGGGGUCUUAACUCCACCUUCCCACAGACCAAGCCGACAGGAGGGGGGUACCAGGACUUCCCCAUCAAACCCUCAGGAAAGGGGGGAGGCUAUAAGGACUUCCCGCUUCCGAAAGCACAGGGGCCGGGGGGAUAUCGAGAUUUCCCUCUAGCCAAGGUAAGCGGCGGUGCGGGCGGGUACCAGGACUUCCCGCUGCGGCCCAUCCCAGGUCCGCCAGGAGACACCCCGGGCCCGGCUCAGCCGCAGAAGGUACUGAGGGAACAGGGCAGGGGAGCAGAGGAGAACAGGGUUCGGUUCGGGAACACCGCUGCCGUCAGCUCACGGCUGCCCGAGCUCGCCGAGGCCUCCGAGACCGAGAGCAAACAGGACGAAGACAGUGACCGGAGCUCCCCCUCCUCCUCCCCCGAGGACCACAGCGAGGCUGUCUCCCGCAGCAUGCCUGAGUCGGUGCUGAGGAAUCUGGGGCUGGCCACGUCACAGCCGCAGAGGUGCCUGACGGAAGAGGAAGUGGAGAACCGUUUCACUGCCCUGGCGCUGGAGUGGCGGACGGACUCCUACACGCUGGAGAAGCGGUGCCUCCUCCUGGAGAGGCAGCGUGACGUGGCCGAGAAGAACCUGGACCAGGAGAUGGGCAUGCUCAGGGGGUCACUGGUGGGUUUGAACCACCUCGUGAAGGACCGUGAGACCCAUGAACUGAUGCGGGAGCUUCAUCAGCAGAUGGACAUUAUCCACCACCUCAACAUCAAGGUCUCCAUCAAGUCCGAGAUGCACGGAUCCGUCCAACAGGAGUGGCGCGUGAGCAGGGCGAUAGAAGUCAUGAUGCAGCACGUGGAGAAUCUCAAGCGGCUGUACGAGCGGGAACAUGCAGAGCUGGAGGAGAUGAGGCGGCUGAUUCAGGAUACAGGAGUGUUCGACCGAUUUGCCCUCCCAACGAGAACAUCGGAAUCAGGAGAAGACUCCCCAACCCCCGGGCCGAUCAGAGUACGGCGCGCGUCUGUGGCAUUCUCUCCCGGCAUGAACAAGGGCAUGAGACGGAGAGCUUCUGUUGCAGCUAUCCCGAGAUCCAUUGCGGUGGGUUUAGGAGGGCCACCAUCUCCGGACAAUCCCGGCGGCAUGCGGCGCCCCCCGAUGGUCAGCCGAGGGUCGGUGUUCGGGCCGAACGGUACCAGUACACAGGGCAGCAUGGAGGAUCCUGCAGGGGGAGACAAGACCAAGGCGUGA